GCCAGGCGCCGCCGCCUCCGGGCCGAGCUGCUCGAGGCGCAGCGGCAGCUGUCGCUGCGCGGCGACGGGGCGCCGGCGCCGAGGACGGCGCCGAGGACGCUGGCGACGACGCCGGCGACGACGUGGAAGGCUCUCGCGGGCGGCUGCUGCGAGUCGUGCUCGCUGGCCGCCGCGCUGCGGGCGCUGCGGGAGGAGGCCGGGUGCGCGGAGCCGCUGCGACAGGUGCUGUGGGGCAACCCGCGCUGGCGGGAAGCGGCCGCCCGGGCGGCGGAGGCAGGGCGCGCCACCUCCGGGGCGCUGGAGAGCGAGGCGAGGGCGCUCCGCGAGGAGCUGCUCGCCGCGGGCGCCGCGCUGGCGGCUGGCCGCGGCGUGCUCGGCGUGGAGGUGCAGGAGGCCGAGGCCGCGGAGCGGGAGCUGCGGGCCGAGCUGCGGGCGGCGCGCGGCGGCGGCGCGGGCGCGGGCGCCCCUGGGGCGGCGGAGGAGCAAACGCGUGCUCCCAGCGCU